AUGCGCACUCCCUUCCGCCGCCCAUGCGCACUCCCUUCCGUCGCCUCCCCAUCCCUCACCGCACGUUCCCCGUUUCCUCUCCCGAUCGCCCUCUCCCUUAUUUCCCUCCAUAGCCUCGAUCCUAUUUUUCUCCCGCCCCCUCUCCCCUUCCCGCCCCCACACCCUCAGCCCAACAGGGACAACCGGAAGCGCGUGCUACAGCUGCUGCUGUGCUCGUGCUACAGAGCUAUGCGAGAUGAGGUGCUCUGCGACGCGACGCAGAUCAGCCCUACUUCCCCCCACCCUCUGCCCUCCUUCCCACCACCCUCAGCCCUCCUUCCCCCCACCCUCUGCCCUCCUUCCCACCACCCUCAGCCCUCCUUCCCCCCACCCUCUGCCCUCCUUCCCCCCACCCUCAGCCCUCCUUCCCCCCACCCUCAGCCCUCCUUCCCCCCCACCCUCUGCCCUCCUUCCCCCCACCUUCAGCCCUCCUUCCCCCCACCCUCUGCCCUCCUUCCCCCCACCCUCAGCCCUCCUUCCCCCCCACCCUCUGCCCUCCUUCCCCCCACCCUCAGCCCUCCUUCCCCCCACCCUCAGCCCUCCUUCCCCCCACCCUCAGCCCUCCUUUACCCCACCCUCAGCCCUCCUUCCCCCCACCCUCUGCCCUCCUUCACCCCACCCUCAGCGCUCCUUCCCCCCACCCUCAGCCCUCCUUCCCCCCACCCUCAGCCCUCGUUCCCCCCACCCUCAGCCCUCCUUCCCCCCACCCUCACGCCUCCUUCCCCCAACCUCAGCGCUCCUUCCCCCCACCCUCAGCCCUCCUUCCCCCCACCCUCAGCCCUCCUUCCCCCCACCCUCUGCCCUCCUUCCCCCCACCCUCAACCCUCCUUCCCCCCACCCUCUGCCCCAUACCGCAUCACCCCAUCCCAAGAGCACCCCAUUCCGCCCCACCCCACCUCAAGGUCACCCCAUUCCGCCGCACCUCCCUCGGUUCCUCCCAUCCUCCAUCCUCAUUUCCUCCCUGCCACCCUUUCUCCUCCCCACCCUCCUCCCCAGCCUCUCUUCCUCCCCUCCCUUCUGCUUCUUCCCCAAACGUCCUCCAUACCUCCCUCCCUCCCAUCAUCACUUCCUCCCUUCCUUCAUUCCUGCAGUCCUCACUUCCUCCCUCCAUUCCUCCCUUCCUCAUUUGCCAGUUGUCAUUCUUUUGCAUGCUUGUUUCCCUUAUACCGUACUUCAGCCACGUCACAUCUGACUUCUUGGUUUGUGUUUGGACAGGUCUGCUAUGCAUCUGGUUGUGAUGGGCUGGCUGUCUGA